CCUGCCAAUUAAUUCUCUCUGAAGCCAGCUCUCUCCUCCACCAUGCAGGUCUCUGCAACAUCACUUCUGUGCCUGCUGCUCACAGUUGCUGCCUGUAGCAUCCAUGUACUGGCUCAGCCAGAUGCAGUUAAUGCCCCACUCACCUGCUGCUACUCGUUCACCAGCAAGAAGAUCCCAGAGAAAAGGCUGGAGAGCUACAAGAGAAUCACCAACAGCAAGUGUCCCAGAGAAGCUGUGAUUUUCAUCACCAAGCUCAAGAGAGAGAUCUGUGCUGACCCCAAGCAGGAGUGGGUCCAGACGUACACGAGAAAAAUGGACCAGAACCAAGCGAGACCAGAAAGUACAACCAUAUCUAAAAUUGCAUCUACUGUGAGAUCUUUAGCACCUUCGAAUGCUAACUUGACCCACCGACCUACAGUUAAUGCAUCUAUUGCGACCUUUCCCACAGCACGCUCCAGAACUUCUGAAAGAGUGACCAGCAUGACAGUGAACUAGUGUGACUUGGAAUGUGAUGCCUUAAAUAAUGUUAGACAUAUUUAACUUAUUGAUGUUUUGAUAUCCCCUUCCCUGAAUACUAGGAUUUCUCAUGCAAGAUGUGGUUCCAUUGUUUUCCUUCUGUGAACCUCAGUGCUAUACCUUAAAUAUUAUGAGAGAUGUAUUUUG